GACUAAUCCGGCAACCGUAAAAACGACAGUUGCCCCGCCACGAAACGCGAGAGAAAGAGAAGAUUACCCAGAGUGAAACGGCGGUGGGCCACACGUCUCAUCCCUGCCCUCUCCCCCGUGAGGAGAGAGAGAACGGACUCCAUUAAAGCUGGAAGAAGUAGACGAAGGAGAAGGAGAAGGAGACUCAGACGGACAAGGCCUACCGACUUGCGUGCGGGAAUACGAUGGCUACCUCCACAACCACAAGUACGCCUCCCAGGAGAAGACUAAAUACCAACCCUCACGCUCGAAUUCUUCACGGCGGCGCUACAUCCUCUUCCGCAUCCACUCCUUGUUCUCCCUUGAAAAAGCUGAAUCUGAUGGAUCCACAACAACCCCUGCCGCAGAAGCAGCCACUCGACGGCGGAUCUGCGUUAGUUCGCGAUUGGGCGGGUCUCUCCCCGGAGCUGCUCUCCGUGAUUAUGGCGCAUCUCAGUCCCGCGGAUCGCCUGGGGAUUGCUCAGCUAGUUUGCUCCUCGUGGCGGAAGGUCUGCCGGGACCCGUACAUCUGGAGAUCUGUCGACAUCAGCCAUUAUUCCUGGGAGCGAGUUACCGAUGUGGAGGCGCUCUGCGCGCAGGCCGUCGAUCGGAGCUGCGGUGGUCUGGUUUCUCUGAGCUUGGAGUGCUUCGGCUCCGAUAAACUCCUCGCUGACAUCGCUAGCAAGUCAGGCCAGCUAAAACGCCUCCGACUGGUGUCCUGCCACGAAGUCUCAGACCAAGGAUUCAGCACCGCAGUCCAAAAGCUUCUCUUCCUAGAAGAGCUCGAGAUCUCCUACUCCGCGCUGUCAAAGGACGCAUUGGUGGCUGCCGGGCAGUACUGCCCGUUCCUCAAGUCGCUGAAACUGAACCAGGCAGGGUACAGGAGGCCGCGCAUAGAGAACGACAAGGAGGCAACUGCAAUCGCAGAGAACAUGCCUGGCCUGCGCCACCUCCAGGUGUUCGGGAACAAGCUGACGAAUCUUGGCCUCGAAGCAAUCCUCAACGGCUGCAGACACCUUGAGUCUCUAGAUAUCCGGCAGUGCUUCAACGUGAACCUGGAAGGUGAUCUGGAGAAGAGGUGUCGUCGUCAGAUCAAGCAGCUGCGGUGUCCCUUCGACUCGACCGACGACUACCCCUACAAUCCGGAGAUCCCUGAUUAUGGAUCGACGGAUGAGGACGGGUACCCGUCGGGGUUCUCGGACCCCGAGUUGUCCACUGACGGCGAGUACUACGGGUUCUCCGGUGAUAGUGAGGUCUCCGAUGAGGAGUUUAAUUAAGGUGCGGAUGUAGCUUCUGUACCCCCACACAACUUGACAGAUGGGGUAGAAAGAAUAGAACCCAAGCCUCUCCCAUGGAGUGAACAUCGUGUUUGUUAUGCUUUGCCGCAUGUAUUUUAACUCGUCAGUGUUGUCACUAGCUACAGUGGUAAGAGUUUUAUUACGUGGGAAACCGGGUAUCGGUUUUGUGUGCGGUUGUGAUUGGGCUUGGUAAGGGGGUAUUGUUAUAUGGGCUUCGAUGUGGAUAUGAGAUGUUGGGCCUGGGGAGGUGGUUGUAUGCUUUUCUUGUUGUGCUUUUGGUUCUGCUGGGCCUGAAGAUUGAUCUGCCUUACUUGGGUUACUUUGAUCAAUGAGGUGGAUGUUGUUGAAUGUAUGAAUGAUCUGCGGUCAAUUAGCCUGUGUCAGUUCAUUUAUA